UUUAAUAUUAUACUCGUCAGGAUUAGAAAAUCAAAAAAUAAUAACAAUGAAAAAUUUUUUUUUUUUUAUGUUUAUACAACUUACAUUCACAGUUAGUUUGGAAUCUGCCAAGUCUCCCGAUGUAAAAAUAUAUUCAACUUCUCCAAUGGGUCCAUACAAGCUGGUCAUCAAACAGACUUAUAUUGCCAACCCUGCGAAGAUUAAUAAAAUUCAAUAUAACAUAUAUUUAAGUCACAAGGACAACAAAACCAUUAUUUUUGGAAAUACAACCUUGAAUAUUCCAUUGGACGACACUUUAAUUUUGGGAGUUAAAGUUGCCCGCAAAGAUUCAUCUGGAAGAUGGAAAGAAAAUUCGUUUAUGCAAAAUUGGCCAAAAGCAUGCUCUACUGCAAAACAAUUUUUUGGAAAUGCAUGGAAUGGAGUUAUGUAUGGUUUAGGAAUAAAUAAUACCAAUUGCCCUCUACUUAAGGGUUUUUAUAUAGCUCCUGGUGUGGAUACUUCAAUAUUAAAGGAUUCCAAUCUACCAAAAACAUUUUUAUAUGGUACAUACAAACUUUACAUGUAUUAUACACAAAAAAAUGAAAUAAUUGGUGGUCAAGUUAUCAUUGUAGAAUUAAAGCGUUCUUGAAAUCUGUUGUAUAAUAACUAUGAUUAUCAAGGUGUAUUAUUAAAUUUAUGCACUAAUCUUUUUUAGAAAAUUUAAUUUUUUGUGUAUUUCAUAUAAAUAAAGAAUUGGAGAAUCACUUAUUUGUUAAAUAUGCGGAGUGACAUAUUUUAUCUAUGUUAUUAUCUAUUUUCUAUAAAAUUCAAUUAU